AUGGCGAGAGCAACACGGUCCAGCACGCGCCUGGCUGCAGCCGCAAACCCAGCCGAGAAAUCCGAGUCCACAGCACAGCAAUCAGCACCAGCGUCUAAGAGAAAGCGUGCAUCACCAAAGUCGGCAAAUGCAACUCCGUCCAAGAAAGUAAAGAAGGAAGAAGAUGUGCCCACAUCUCUGUCUGAUGUCCCGCCAACGACGCCUCUCAAGAAGGAAGACGUCAAGUCUGAAAGCCCAGAGAAGAAGCUGAAAGCCGCCAAGUCGCCGAACGACCUGCAGUCCAAGAAGCUCAAGGCAUACUCACAGUAUGCCGAUAAGUCGCCCUUCCCGGAUUUCCCACACCCGACCCCGGACGAGUGCCGGCUGGCCCACCGCAUCCUCGCCGACCUCCACGGGAAACGGGAGCGCCCCAAGGAGGUCAAGGCCUCCACAACCCGGGCCGGAUGUGGAGACUCGCCCUCCGUCCUCGACGCCCUCGUCCGGACCAUCCUCAGCCAGAACACCAGCGACACCAACUCCACGCGAGCCAAGCGCAGCAUGGACGACGUCUACGGCGGCAGCGACGAGUGGGACAAGAUCGUCGAGGGCGGCAUCCCCAAGCUGCAGGAGGCCAUCAAGUGCGGCGGCCUCAGCGCUGUCAAGAGCAAGGUCAUCAUCAGCAUCCUCAACCAGGUCAAAGAGAAGUACGGCAAGUACUCGCUCGACCAUCUCUUCAGCGCCAGCAACGAGGACGCCAUGCAGGAGCUCAUCAGCUUCCAGGGCGUGGGCCCCAAGACGGCGAGCUGCGUGCUGCUCUUCUGCCUCCAGCGGGAGUCGUUUGCUGUCGACACCCACGUGUGGAGGAUCACGGGUCUCUUGGGAUGGCGGCCGAAGAGCGCGUCGAGGGAUGAGACGCAUGCGCACUUGGACGUGAGGAUUCCGGACGAGGACAAGUAUGGUCUGCACAUUCUGCUUGUUAAACAUGGCAAGGUGUGCAGUGAAUGUAAAGCUGGUGGGAAAAGCAUCGGUAAAUGUGAGUUGAGGAAGGCAUUUAGACAGGAAAAGGUGAAACAAGAGGAGACAGCAUGA